AUGUCAGAUUCACAACCCUCCACAGGGGAGGAAGGUACAACCACAACAGUGAUAACAGCCACCACCCAUCUCACACUUCCUGCCCAUCCCAUCCCGUUGACAUACGAGGAACUCAACCCCCGGUCCAAGCCAGAGGAAUUCUUCGGUCCGAUCGGUACUUUCGGCAUCACCCUCCUCGCACCGUUAUUCACCUACAUAUUCUUCUAUACCUGUAAUGAUGCUGUGGGAUGUACGCCCACUACUGUAUCAGGUUGGAAAUACGCUUGGAGCCUCGUAGGCAACUUCCCAUCUUCCGCGGGUUACCUAUGGGAAUGGAAGGCUUUCGCGGUGUAUCUGGGAUGGUAUGCUUAUUGCAUCGUGUGUUGGAAGGUGCUACCUGGAGAUGUGAUCCAAGGGAAUCUGCUGAGGGAUGGGACGAGGAAGAAUUAUAAGAUGAAUGGCUUAUACACUCUCAUCCUCACUCUCGGUCUCUCAGUCGGUGUUCUCCUCAACCCAGGUGGUAUCGAGCUUUUCACCUGGUUAUACGAUCACUGGGUCCCAUUGGUAUCAUCAAGUUUGGCUAUGGCUACUUUCCAAGCUUUGUGGGUAUAUGGAUAUAGUUAUUAUAAUGGAGAGCUGUUAGCUUUGGGUGGUAAUUCUGGUAAUUUCAUUUAUGAUUUCUUCAUGGGCAGACCACUCAACCCCCAUCCUCCCUUUUUCCCCUCUUUCGAUAUCAAGACUUUCAACGAAGUACGACCAGGUAUGAUCCUCUGGUUAAUACUCAAUAUCUCCUGCGCGUGCGAACAGUACCUUCGUCUCGGUACGAUCACAGACUCUAUGUGGGUCGUAUUGAUCUUCGAAGGUUGGUAUACCGUCGAUUGUUUGAUCCAAGAACACACAAUCCUAAACCAAAUGGACAUAACCACCGACGGAUUCGGCUUCAUGCUUUCGAUGGGUGAUCUCACCUGGGUUCCAUUCACUUAUGGUCUCCAAGCUCGUUUCCUCGCUUUCAACCCUGUUCAUAUGGGUCCCAUCUACACCUCGGUCGUAGUAGCUAUUACCUUGAUUGGGAACUAUAUCUUUAGACAGGCGAAUAAUGAAAAGGGCAAUUUCAGAGCUGGAAAGAACCCCAAGAACCUUGAAUAUAUGACUACCGAGCGAGGGACAAAGCUUCUGACGUCAGGAUGGUGGGGUAGAUCAAGGCAUCCUAACUACUUUGGUGAUUGGCUUAUGGCUCUAGGAUGGUGUCUUCCUACAGGAUUCUCCACGCCAUUAACAUAUUACUACAUCGUCUAUUUUGUGAUCCUCCUGGUCCAUCGACAAAUCAGAGAUGAUGGAGCUUGUAGACACAAGUACGGGAAAGAUUGGGAUAAGUACUGCGAGAAAGUCCCUUACAAGAUUAUCCCUUAUGUAAACAUCGAAGUGUGGAUGCGAUGGGGUGAAAGGUAUGGUGAGAUCUGA